GGGGUACGUAGCGCGGGCGCGGCUAGCACUCGCCGCAGCAUGGCUCAGGUGCUCUUCUGCAAGAGCGCGGCGGCCGCCGCCCGGGGUGGGGACGGCCAGGAGCGGAGAGUUCAUGUAAGGCUUACUGUUGAAACUUGUACAUCAUCAAGUCUUGUCCAUAAGCAGGAAAUUAUUGUGCGUGUUACAGAUGAUGCAGAUCCACUAUUCUUGUAUUCUCUUUUAAUUGGAGAAGAAGACUUUCAGAGUUUAAAGAGCCAGCAAGGACUGCUAGUGGAGUUUUCAGCUUUUCCACAGAAAUUCAUUGAUUUGUUAGAACAGUGCAUUUUGGAACAAGGAAAACAAGUCCCUAGGUUUUUAAUUCAACUGGUAACAUCUCCUGUUCUGGACUUCAUGACAACAUGUUUAAAUAUAGUGGAAACCAAUCCAUUCAAGCAUCUCACUCAUUUGUCUCUAAAGCUUUUGCCAGGAAGUGACAGUGACAUCAAAAAAUAUCUUGCCCUCUGCAUUCAGAAUUUAAAGGAAGAAAAUAGUAGAUUGGAGGACCAAUUGCACAAAUCUGAAGAAGGAUUUUCAAAAAGACUAAUUGUAAUACAGCAGGUUUUGGCAGAAAAAAGUAAGGACUUGGAUAAACUGCAAAAUGAAUGGACAGCACAGACUACUUCACUGACUAACAAGUACACCAAGGAAAUCACAGCAGAAAAGGAAAAAGUGCUGCAGAUUCAAACACAGUAUCAGCUUCAGCAAGAACAACAAAUGAGAGAGAUAGAAGCAACUUACAACAAAAAAAUACAUCACUUAGAAGUCAGGGUAUCUGAAUUAGAAACGGUUAAUAAGGACCUUACAGAAAGAAAAUACAAGUCUGAAUCUUGUAUACGGGAGUUGAAAUCUAAACUUUCAGGACUUGAAGAGGAAUAUCAGAGGAUAAAACAAGAAGUUCUUGCUCUUCAAAGGGAAAAUUCAACUCUUGAUGCAGAGUGUCAUGAGAAGGAAAAAUUAUUAAACCAGCUACGGACACGCAUUGCUGUCCUGGAACAGGAAGUGAAGGAUAAAGAGCAAGUAGUGAUAAGAACCACAGAUGUCUGUGAAAGUACUCAAGAACACAAGAAAAAGUUGGAAGAGUCUCUGGAGAAGAAGCAGUUGCAAAUUGGGAAGCUUGAAACAACUGUGAAGUCUAUUUCUGAGGAACUUCUGAAAGCUAAUGAAAUUAUCAAAAAGCUCCAGGGAGAGAUGAAGAAAUUAAUGGAGAAGAUGAAGUUAAAAAAUGCAGUGACAAUGCAACAGGAAAAAUUACUAGGGGAGAGGGAGCAAAUCCUACAAAAGGAGAGGCUGGAGCUUAAUAAUGUGAAACAGGCUCUUCAACAAAAAGAGGAAAAGGCCUUAAACUUGCAAGAGCAGCUGGACACCACCGUUCAGAAAUUGGAGGAAAGUAAACAACUUCUGAAAACUAACGAGAAUGUAAUUUCCUGGCUAAAUAAACAGCUGAAUGAGAAUAAAAUUGCAUCCAUGCAUGGAUCAUCAGGCCACAGUGAUAUGCCAUGUGCUGGAAACUCUCCCAAUUCAGUGGCAGUGCAAAAUGGUUUGCUUCGGCUUCCUCUUUGUAAUGAUCCUUUCCCUGUCUCUGCGAUGCCUCCUUCAAUUAUUUCGGCUUCUAUUUCUAAUUACUCUAAAGGCCCUGCUCCUCUACAAAUGGAUAUCCCAUCUGCGGUCACCAGUGCUGCAAGAUAUGGCCCACAGGUACGUUUCAAGCUAUCGGCAAAUACUUCCAGCACUCCAUUAAAUGAAGCAAGAGUUAGUUCAACAUCUACUCCAUUAAUGCCUCCAGACUCUGGCCACAUUGACCCACCUGGUUUAGAUAUGAAAUAUUUGAAGAAAGAUGGCAACUUGCCUUUGAGAGGACUGAAGCCUUUGACUAUAGAAAACACAGUAUUACCAAGGCCUAUAUUAUCCAAGCAAGGAAGUCCACCUGUAACAUCUGCUUACUUCCCAAAGCAACAGCCUCGGCUACCUGCAUCAUGAGCUUCAACACGAUUGUAAUGGAUGCAUAAAGAAAGACUCUUGCUCAUUCUUGGAAACAGUAAUGAAUAAGCCAUUUAAAAUGUGUGAUAUAAGAGAGAUGCUUGGACAACAAGGUUUUAAAUUUGACUUUAUAGUCUGUCUGAACUUAGUUACUUUUUUCCCUAUAAAGUCUUUGUUCACUGAAACUGCCACAAUAUGUUCUGGUGUAAAGCCAACCAUUAAAAUAACCUAAUUGCAUUUCUAGAUCUAUAAUUUCUUUUUAAACAAUUAAAAAAAUAUAUAGUAGCAGCCGUUUGAUUCCUCAGACACUCCACGGCUUACAGGCUGUGCAUGCUGAAUGAAAGUGUUUCUUUCAGGUAUUUUUGCUGCUCCAAAGCUGUGUGUGCACGCACAUGUAUUUUUGUGCAACCUGUCUGGUACAUUCUGUAGCACUGCACUUUUCAUGUUUAGAAGACCUUUUGUAAUAGUUAAAUUAUGAAGAAAAAAGUUUUGUUUUUUUUUUUAAGAUGGCAGACUUAUAGCAGCAGUAAUCCACUGUGUGUACAGCAUUUACUUUAUGACUUUAUGACAUUAAUCACUUCUGUUGAAAACCAUGGUGGACAGAAAUAAUUUCUGCAAAUAUUUGGACCCCUUUUUAAAGUUUUCUUCAUGUUAGUUCCUUGAAGACUGACUACUAUUUUUUUCUUUCCUUAAUCAAAUCACACCUACCAGCUUUGUGCAAACUAUAUAGCCACUGUAUAUCUUGUAUACUGUAUUUUUAGGUAGGGUCAGAUUAAAUAUCAAUAUUUAAUAUUGAUAUUUUUUGUAGUACGAGUAUAAUUUGCUGGCAAAAUUUGGAGAAUUACAAUAAUGACACACAAUAUUCUGAAUGUAAAAAACUUCUGUAUCUUCACUAUUCAAAAAUAGUAACAGUUUCUUUAGUUUAGGACAGAGCCAGACUCAAAGUGAAUACAGCUCUAUUUGAAUUAGUUCAUUUGGCUUUUUGUUAUCAGGGAAAAAACAAGAGUAUUGGAUUUACCUCUUUCAAAAUGUUCACUGGAUGAAAAGCGCAGUUAGAAGUAUUCCAUUUUGUGAGAUGUAAGUAGACCAUCUGCAUUUCACUUGCACAGCAGUCAUUCCUACUUUUUUUACUGAUUAUUUUUCCCCCAAUUGUCUCUCUCUUCCUGUGUAAAAUGGAAAAAAAAUCGAGGAGAAUUUUUUUUUUUUUUUUAAUGACAUACUGUACCUCCUCCCGUUUUCAGACAUGGGCUUGGCUCUUUGCAAUCUUACUAAAAAUCUUAGUUUGUAUUUGAUAUUAAACUAGAUUGGAUGUAUGGUAACUUCCUUUCUCAUUCUGCAGCCUAAUUCUUUGGGGACACAAAAUCGGUUAUUGCAUUAUUAAAAUGAGACAAAUCUGCAGUAAAUUAGUACAUACUAGAUUGAUGGGCUACUUUAAUUUUCAAAAGCAGUGUUGAAACUUAAUACCUUGAGGUCUGCAGUUCAUUUUCCUGUCAGUAUUAUAAACAUUAACCUUUUUCCUGAAAUUAUUUUCUUUGGAUGGAAUUGUGAAAUGCAACAAUGUCUAGAAUUAUUUUCUGUUGACUGAUUGUUACUCAGUGUGCCAUCCUUUCAAUUCUGGAACUUGCAGAUACAGUGCUCAUGUCAGAGUCCAGGUGAAAUGCAGUAAUUUUUGCUUGGGGCCUUUACCUUUUUGCAUGGAUUAUUUUAUGAGAGAACUUCAUAUAUCUUAAUUUUCUGGGAAUUUGGAACAUGCAUUUCUUGUAUAUUGAGAGAGAACCUGGGCCCUAUUAGUUCCAUGCAAUGUCUUACAGCAAAUGAGGGGAGAGAGAGAUGUAACCUUUUUUUUUCUAUUUAAAGUUUAUAUUAUAUUGAGAAUAAAAUGUUUGUACUAUAAUUGCCUAACUUUUGCUUUAUUACCGAAAAGGUAAAGGAAAAGAAGCUAUUUCUUUAUUAAAAAAAAAAAUCCUGGUACAUCAUAUACUUAAGUUCUGAGAUUUAAAUUUUGAUCUCCUCAUGCUCUUGCCCUCAUUGAAGAUAAUGGAAUAGCAUGAGUAUCACAGAAUUUGAAGACCACUGGGCCCUAGUAAAUGAAGGUAGAAUUUGUCCUUGUAUUGUUUCAGGAAAAUCCCAGGGUUGCAGCUACAAAAUUUUUUCCCUCUUCCUUUAUACUGAGCAAAUGCAACAAGCAUGUAGGUACUUUAAACAUAAGAAGCAUUAUCACUUAUUUGCUGCUUGCAAUAACACGUACCUUGACACCAUUUGCAAAUGGAAGAUAGAAAAAUACUGAUUUAGACCAGUAUUUUUUUUCUUGAUAGUACCCAACCCCAGAUGCUCCAGGAAGUGUGGGGGCAGCCCUUCAGGAAAAAAAAACACUGAAAGAAUUAUGAUAUAUUCACCAUGAAGUUUCAUUCAGAUAUCUAGAUGUUAGAGACUAAUUCAUCCUUCCUUGACCAACAUUGUGUAGGGUAGACCUAGGCACCACUACUCCCCUCUUUCAUUUUACUGCUGCUUCUGUCUGCUCCAUGACACUUAAAGUUGACUUUCUGCCUUUCCUGAUUAGGGUCCUUUUUACUUUCAACUCUUCAGCUUUGUGUAGAAGUCAGUUUGUGGUGUCUGGAGACUGCUGCAAAAAUGUCCAGUUCCACCCUUUAAUUCUGGUGGAUACAAGCUGUUAGUUGGAGAUUUUUAUUAAGGCUCCAGACUUAAAGAAGGAGAUUUUAAUAUCCCUCCCAAAAUUCUGUUGUUAAUUGUAACCAGUGAUCCUGGUUUUCUCUGUUUUUAAGAAUUGCAAAUUCUCUGAUUUAAAUCUCCCCAAAUCCAUGUUUUUCCAUGGUUAAAAUGCUGGCACUAUAUAGUGUCAGUUGGGCACUGUUUUAUUGAUAUAUUUAUAAUUUUAAAGCAGUUUGGAAGCCUAAGAGUGUCUCAAUCAUUAUUAUAAAAUGAAUUCUAAAUACUUUGUUUGUUUGUAAUCAUGGAAAAUCAGAGCUCCCCCUGCUCUCUUCACUUACCAGGAUGUGGGUCCAGCUCCUGCUGCCCCCCCCCUUGCUGUUUUGUGGCACUGUGUAGCCCUGAAAUGCCAGUACCCUGCCCAUGCCGUUGCCCCUCACUCCUGUCCCAUAGCCCCCAUGCACUGUCAUUGCCCCUCCCAACCCACAGCCCUAAUAGUGCCCUGCACUCCCAACCCACUACCCCAGCCCUCCAGUGUAUAAAGAAGAAGGUGGGUAUGUGAGGAAGGGGGAAUGGUGGGCGCAGGUGAUGCGUUCGGGAGAGGAUGGGGGGGCACAAGAGAUGCAUGGGAGUAUGGAGGGAGCACAUGUCUCCCCAGAUUUCUGUGCCCACAGUGGGGUGCAGGGCUGCAGCUGGGCUGAACUAGCUCUAGGCAGGAGCAGCCUCUGCAGCCCAGAAGGUGGGACCUGGUGCAGGAGGAAGUGCCAAGCCACCAUGGCUGCCACACUGCCUGGCUGCCAUGUGCAUGUGCUGCCCCCUGCAUCCUGGUCCCUGCAGCCCCUUACAGGCUGGAACUGUGCCAGACUGCAAGGGAAGACCUGUGGUUUCCCUCAUUUUUCUCCUUUAAAGGGAAAAUCCACAUUUUUCUGUGGCAAAUGAAAAAGCUGGAUCCCUGAUUAUAAGUGUGGUCCUUCUUGAUUAUCUAUAUGAAUGACAAGAAUUAAAAAGUUAUUGGAUAGGUUGUCCUUAACCACUUGCAGUAGCAAAACCGUUUGUUCUUCAUUUAAUUACAGGUUGUAUUUUUGGAACUCUUGUUUUUAAUUCAUUUUGAAUUUUCCACUUUUUUAAUAUUUCAUUGAGUACCCUCUUGUCUUGGUGUUAUGGGACACGGAGAACUGAAGUUUCUGAUCUAACUAUUAAUUAUUUUAUAUAAUUUAUCAUAUUCCUUUAUUCAUUGCUUUUUCUAAAUUAGACAGUUCCAGUAUUUUUGGUGUUAUCUCCUUUGUGGGACUUAAUGUUCUUGUUCAUUUCCACCUCUCUUCUUAUUCACUGUAGUUCUGCUCUAUCAUUUUUAGGUGAGAUGGCCAGAAUGGUGCACAGAUAAAGUUACAUUAUUGAUAUAUGUGAAGAUAUUAUUGAAUGGGAUGGUGAAUAAAAUAUAAAUCCUAACAUUUUUAUUAGCUGCUGCUUUUUGAAUGCAGCUACACAUUGAGCAAAGGUCUUUGUUAUACUGCCCAUGGUUAUGCUUGGGUUCUAAGUUAAUUAAGAACAUUCUAAAUGAACGAAGAGUUCAGUUUUUUCACAACUCCAAUGUGCAUUAUUUGCAUUUUUCAGUAACAUUACAUUUUACCAUUGUUUGCUUAUUCAUCUAACUUGUUUGUGUUUUUUCUCAGGUUUCUUCCACUCUUGACUAAUCCAAAUAAUUUUGUUACUUGUGAAAUGUAUAUAAAUUACAACUCUGAGUUAACUUCCCAUUCAUUAGUAAAUAUAGCAAACGACUAAAUGGCACAGGACCUGAUAUGAGCCCUUGAGACACUCUGGUAUUAGCUUUUAACCAUGCUGAAAAUUGACUGUUUAAUCUUAUUCUUUGCUUCCUGAUUCCUAGCCAUUUUUGUUUUGAUCCAAGACCAUAUGGGGCCUCUCGUCACCUCAACUCUUUUAAGUAGUUGUUUAAACAUCAAAAUAAAUUGUAAACUAGU